CAAAACCACCCGCUACCGAAGUGGAGUUGUCCGAGUUCGCUUACGAGUCCCUCGUUUCUUCAGUCUCCACCACUCCAUCGGUGUCUCUUCUCUCCCUUUCCCGCCUCAUCAGUCUUCCCAAAUGCUCUCCCAGAUUCCCAAACCCGUCUCCUUCUCCCAAACCCCUCCGAUCGCCAUUCCCAUCCUCAACACUCUCACCAUCCGUUUCGCCACUCCCAAGUACUUGCUCUCGCUCCUCAGCCUCCCUGUCUCCCGUCAUCGACACCCACUCGCAAUGGCCUCCCGCCCCGACCUCCCAGACCCCGUCGUUUCGCUCCCGCCCAAUGAUUUCGAGCUCGACCGCUUCGCUGAGGUCGCCAGCAAGGUUGCCGACGCCUCCGGGGAAGUUAUUCGGAAACAUUUCCGGCACAAGUUUGACAUUCUCGAUAAAGAGGAUUCCAGCCCUGUGACAAUUGCAGAUCAAACAGCAGAGGGAGCAAUGGUCUCAAUUAUAUCAGAGAAUCUUCCUUCUCAUGCCAUUUAUGGAGAAGAGAAUGGGUGGAGAUGCAAUGAGAAGUUUACAGAUUAUGUUUGGGUUUUAGAUCCAAUAGACGGGACAAAGAGCUUUAUCACUGGAAAACCUGUGUUUGGUACUCUCAUUGCUCUGCUACAUCGGGGUAAACCAAUUCUUGGGAUAAUUGAUCAGCCUGUUUUAAGAGAAAGAUGGGUUGGGAUAAGUGGAAGGAAAACUACAUUGAAUGGCCAAGUAGUGUCCACACGUGCUUGUGCAAAUCUGGCACAGGCUUAUUUGUACACUACAAGCCCACACCUAUUCAGUGCAAAGGCAGAAGAGGCAUUUAUUCGUGUUAGAAAUAAGGUAAAAGUGCCAUUAUACGGCUGUGACUGCUAUGCUUAUGCUCUGCUGGCUUCUGGUUUUGUGGAUCUUGUUGUUGAGUCUGGUCUCAAGCCAUACGAUUUUCUUUCACUGAUACCUGUGAUAGAAGGUGCUGGCGGUGUCAUAACAGAUUGGAAGGGACAUCGGCUUUAUUGGGAUGCUUCUCCAAAUUCAAAGGCAACAAGUUUUAAUGUAGUGGCAGCUGGAGAUAAGCAGAUUCACCAACAAGCUCUAGAUUCAUUACAAUGGCAGUGAAUAUUUGCAUUCUGCUGAUACGACAUCAAGGAGCUGGGUGGAUUGAUCGACGGGUGAGAAGUGAAAUACAAAGCGUAAUCUGGAGAAGCUGCAUUGUGCGUUUGCGUUCACCUUGCGAUAUAAGACAUUUAGCAAGGGGAUUUUCCCCAUAGAUUUAAGAUUUGCUGGUAUUUUGGUCACAAUUAAAUUGUUGUCAAAUGAAGGAGCCAAAGACGGACCUCAUUUUUUGGAUUUUUCAGUAUUUGUAAGGAAUUACAUUUGUUAAGCCUCUCAUUAUUUUUGGUCA